GCCAGAAUGGAUCUUGUAGACUUUUUCGUUCCCAACACCUUUCAGCCCGGAGAGGAAAAGGGGCGGGGAUGAGGAGGAAGGCAUUUUCAGCCCCAGAGUGUUUCAGUGUGUGUUUGUGUGAGUCAAAAGUGUGGGUCUGCAGCUCCGGCUACAUUUUAUGGGAAAGUCAGUUUCCCACCAUUGUGUCCUCAGCGGUUGCCAGACACUGACAGGGCUUGUAGGCUGUGUGGAGAACAGACGCUGCUGGUUUCAGAGAGCAGCACAGGAAGAGUUCAGAUCGUGUAGGAGCCUCUGAGGUGAAGGCAGGCAGCUCCUCCAAAACCUGCGAGUGUCCGGCUGGCGGCUGCCUUUCUGGACUGGUUUUGUUUUUCCAUCCUGUGGUUGUGGAGUGUUGACGUCCUGCUUUUGAUUUUGAGCGUGGCGGUUCCCGGCGUGGCGGCCUAGCCAGUGGUGCUAGUGGCAGCGGUGAGCUACAGGGCUGCAUGCCAUGGGCUGUGUCUUCUCCCUGCCAGAGGACAGGAGAGAUGCUGCUGAGAGAGCACCCACGACAAGAGAGACCAGUUUCAUCGAGAAAAUGAAGAAAACAAGCAAGAACAUCAUUGUGUUCUACGGCUCCCAGACGGGCACAGGAGAGGAAUUUGCCAACAGACUGUCCAAAGACGCUCAGCGCUACGGCAUGAAAGGAAUGUCUGCCGAUCCAGAGGAGUAUGAAAUGGGGGAGCUGGCCCGUCUGUCUGAGAUUAAAAACUCCCUGGCCAUAUUUUGCAUGGCCACCUAUGGUGAAGGAGACCCAACAGAUAACGCCCAGGACUUGUACGACUGGCUGCAGGAAAAUGAUGAUGAAGACCUCUCCGGACUGACGUACACUGUAUUUGCGUUGGGCAACAAGACAUACGAACACUACAAUGCAAUGGGAAAAUACGUUGACAAAAGGCUCGAAGAACUUGGGGCUAAGCGCAUCUUUGACCUUGGUUUAGGAGAUGAUGAUGGCAAUCUGGAAGAGGACUUUGUUUCAUGGAGAGAGCAGUUCUGGCCGGCCGUCUGUGAGCACUUUGGAGUUGAAGCCUUAGGAGAUGACUCAAGCAUACGGCAGUACGAGCUGAAGGAGCACACUGACAUCAACAUGAACAAAGUGUACACAGGAGAAAUUGGCCGUCUCAAAGGUUUUGAGGUCCAAAAGCCACCCUUUGACUCGAAAAACCCUUUCCUGGCUCCAGUCACUGUGAACCGCAGACUCAACAAAGCCGGUGACAGACACCUUAUGCACCUGGAACUAGACAUAACAGGCUCCAAGAUCAGAUAUGAGUCAGGAGACCACGUUGCCGUUUUCCCCACAAAUGACUCUGCGUUGGUGAACAAGCUGGGACAAGUCCUCGGAGUGGACCUUGAUGCGGUUAUCUCUCUCAACAACCUUGAUGAGGAGUCCAACAAGAAGCACCCUUUCCCCUGCCCCACCACCUACCGCACGGCCCUCACUCACUACCUGGACAUCACAAACUCCCCUCGCACCAACGUCCUCUAUGAGCUGGCACAGUACGCCUCCGACCCCGAAGACCAGGAGAACAUGCGCAAGAUGGCCUCCUCGGCACCUGAGGGCAAGGCUCUCUACCAGAGCUGGGUGUUGGGUAGCAAUAGAAACAUCCUUGCCAUCCUGGAGGAUAUGCCUUCAUUGAGGCCUCCCGUCGAUCACGUGUGUGAGUUGCUGCCUCGUCUCCAGGCUCGCUAUUACUCCAUCGCCUCCUCCUCAAAGGUUCACACCAACAGCAUCCACAUCUGUGCCGUAGUGGUGGAGUACGAGACCUCGACUGGCCGCACCAACAAGGGAGUCGCAACCAACUGGCUGAAGAACAAAUUGGUCACUGACAACGGCCACAAGUCCACCGUUCCCAUGUACAUCCGCAAGUCUCAGUUCCGCUUGCCCUUCAAAGCCACCAACCCGGUGAUCAUGAUCGGCCCUGGGACAGGAAUCGCUCCCUUCAUGGGCUUCAUCCAAGAGAGGGGCUGGCUCAAACAACAAGGAAAGGAGGUUGGAGAGACGGUGAUGUUUUUCGGCUGCAGACAUAAAAACGAGGAUUAUAUCUACCAGGAGGAGCUGGAGGAAGCAGAGAAGGAUGGAGUCCUAACACAGCUUAAUGUUGCCUUCUCCAGAGACCAGGACCAGAAGGUGUAUGUGCAGCAUCUCAUGAAGACAAAUAAGGAGGACCUCUGGAAGCUGAUUCACUCAAACAAUGCUCAUAUCUACGUCUGCGGGGAUGCAAAGAACAUGGCUAAGGAUGUGCAGACGGCCCUCUAUGAAAUCGGAGAAGAACUGGGAGGCAUGACGCGCACGCAGGCCAUAGAUUACAUCAAGAAACUGAUGGCCAAGGGACGCUACUCACAAGAUGUCUGGAGUUAAAGAAACUCCGUCUCCCUGCUCAAGGUGGUUUUAAAUUUUCUAUUUGUAUUGUGUGUCUUGUUUUAUCAGGACUGAAUAUAUAUAUAAAACAGUAAACACUUGUUCAUCACCCUGGUUCAUGAGAGCAGAGAUCAUGAGGCAAACGCUACCUCAGCAGGUUUUUGUUGAUAAACACAUUCAGCAAUUUUGAA